CCCACCAUGGCGUUGCUGUCCGCGCUCAGCUCGCUGAGCCCACGCAUGACCACCUUCCUCCUCGGCGGCUUCGUCCUCUGCCUCCUCAUCUUCAGCAUACCCCCUGGCAGCAUGUCCGACUCCGCCACCGACUGGUCCCCGCCCAACCGCUUCUCCUCACAGAAGACAUCACCAGGACAAGCGUCCUUCCGCGACAAACUCGCACACGUCCUCCCCUCAGACCGCCUCCCGCACGCCCGCACUUUGCUCCCCCUGCCCUCCGAAGGCGACACCGGCGAGAUCUACGCCAUCUCGCUCGCACGGCGCACCGACCGGCGGCACAUCCUCUCGCAGAUCGCGGACGCGCUCGAUCUGGACUUCACCUUCAUCGACGCAACGGACGCGAGCCUCCCGAUGAUCGACGUGCUCAUGGACCGUGUCGGCUGGCAGCGCUGGGAGCGCGUCGACGAGCAGCCCGCGCCCGCGGACGAGUACAAGCCCGCGGACUACAGCGAGGACGCGCGCAAGGGCAUGGUCUACCACGCCUUCCGCUUCGAGUGGAGCGGGGAGGUGCAGGAGGCGCUGCAGCUCGGUGCGAACGAGACAGGCGAUAUGCCGCCCAUGUACCUUGGUGCGGAUUAUUGGGACGGGUUGGCGCCGGGCGCGGAGGAGUGGGCGCGGGAGAGGCCGACGAAGCCGCUGCCGGAGGCGGGGCCGACGUGGAAGACGAGUCUGACGGAGGCGAGCGUGUUGAAUAAUCUGCGGAUGACGGAGAUGACGCGCCGGGCGGGGAUCGCGUGUUGGCACUCGCAUUAUCAGGCGAUACGGGAUAUGGUCUACAAAGACCACGCAGUCGGCCUCAUCCUCGAAGACGACAUCGACAUCGAAUUCGACAUCGAAAAGACACUCCUCUCCCAAUGGUCGCACCUCCCCUCCGACUGGGACAUCCUCUUCCUAGGCCACUGCCACUCCGAAGAAUGGCGCAACCCGCCGAUCCUAGGCGCCCCGCGCUUCCGCAAGACGUACCACGCUUUGUGCCUGCACGGCUACGCGCUCUCGCGCAAGGGCGCACGCAAGCUCCUGACGAUGCUCCGCAGCGCGGACUACGCGUACUCGCGCCCGAUCGACCACGGCGUGAAGGACCUCGUGCAGAUGCACCAUCUCGUCGGGUACAGCGCGUAUCCGCCGCUGAUCGUGCAGCGCAAGGAGGACACGAGCGACAUUGUGGGCGACUUGCCGGCUGAUUUUGCAAAGUCGUGGAAGGCGAAGGAGGGCGAUUUGGCGGAUUCGACGCUGGAGCGCGUGCGUGCGUAUGAGAAGGGGCAGAGCUGAGUUCUGAAUCGAGUCGAGUCGAGGUGGAGGGCGUUGGUGCGGGGGGGCUGGUGGGGUUUGAUAUUAUGCUUCAUCCUUCUGGUCACGUCGAGUGGACCGGACUGUACCUUUUGCUCAUGCUUUAUCUUUGAUACUUAGAGAGGAAGGGGAGACUUAACGCUUAGACCUCGCAGUCCUACUUACCACGCUUUUUUGUAAACAACUAAUUUAUGUACAUGAGGGGCGCAUUGUUUCGUCGUACUACCCUUGUGUGUACUUACAUAUGUGCUGUAUAACGAAGCAGUGUAGUAGAGUAUGAUAAGUUAGGCUUGUAGAGAAC